UACCACUUGCAGCUUCUCGUCAUCAUUUCCUGGCUCGCCACACCCACCUCCAGCCUCAAUCCUUUUCAGCAGAGAGGUGGACCACAGGGAGUUGUAACUGUUGGCUUAUUCCCCUCCGGACUCUCCACAUUGACUCUCUGCUUUGAGGGAUCUCUGCCCUUCCAAAUUCAACAGGCUGGUGACAUCUUGGAGCUUGAUUUAGGCAUCUUUUCUUUGUCAGGAACUUUGCCGCUGAGAACACCCAUGGAAACAAUGCAGUUGGUUUCGCCCAGCAAUGCAAACAACCUCCAGACAGUCCAGGGGAUCUCUGCUAAUUUUGUCCAACCACCAGCAUCAAUUAAAUCUGUGCAAUAUGUGCAAUACCAAGGGAGCCCUGGAAACCCACCUCAGCAGUUUCCUCAGCUGGGGGCUCUGGGGAAGGCUGUUCUUCGGAAUGCCAAGCCUCUGGGGGCCAUACAGAUCAUAAUUGGAUUGCUGCACAUUAUUUUUGCAAUUUGCUUAUGUUUUACUGUGCACUUCAGCUAUGUACACUAUUCUGAAAUAUACAGUGGAAUAAUUUUCGUUGCUUCAGGAUCUGUGUCUGUGUCAGCUAAAAAACAUUUGAACUCCAACUUGGUGAAUUGCAGUGUGGGAAUGAACAUAAUGAGUGCUAUAGGAGCAUUAACUGGCAUCAUACUGAAUGUUAUGUUGCUGGCCCUGCACAGCACUCUACUGCUGGCCGGGUACAACCAUUUACAGCAAGACAUGUAUGACCCUGCUUAUAAGUCUAUGUAUUUUUCAGAAAACCUGCUGUAUGGUUUUAUUAUCACGUUUCUACUGCUCAAGUUAGUGCAAUUCUGCACUGUUGUUUUGGUAGCACAUUUUGGGUGCCGGACAAACUGCUGUAUUGAUGAUGUGGCCAUUGCUUAUGUGCCCUGCACUUCUACAGGAGGACACCUGUCUCCCACUGAAGACUGUCCUGCUCAUUUAACCUAUGUAAAGGUUGUUCCCUACCUGGAAGUUUUGUAAAGAAACCAAAAAAUCAUGAGAGAGAACAUGCCAGUAAUCCUGUUGAUCCUGCAGUUUCAAAAUCCCCUUUCAGUAUCUGCAAUGCAAUAUUCUGCCAAAUGCUAGGACUGCAAGGUUUGGUAGGUGUCAUGAGGAAAGUGGCUACAAGAAAGGGACUUUUCAGUCAGGAAGUGUCUGUUCUAAAGGACCUUAUACCUUACCUUAGGAAGUUAAUCAAGUAUGGACACAACAAUCUUUUAGACACAAGAAGUCCUUUUUAUUCUAUGAGAGCUUUAAGUUACUGCUUAACACUUUUAGAUCUUUUGCUGAUUUUGCUGAUUAUCUUAUUUUUACUGCUACUUUUACUUGCUUUUAUUAAAUGUUCCUAAUUUUA